CAAUGUCGCCAGAGAAGUAUGAUCUCAUCGCUAGCUCGCCAAGGAAUCUCGCGGCAUUGCCCGAUUUGGCAAAUAAUAUUUCUCUUUCGAGAUCUAGGGUUUGCUUAUGUCUCUCUUCAAUGCCGGGGUGUACGCCGCGGCGUCGGCGAUCACGGUGUUCUUGGUGUUUGCGGGCAAGAUCGCGGCGAUCAGCCUCUUCGGAUCGCACGCCUACUUGCUCCCGGACGAUCCGGCCGACGGGAAUCCAGGUUCUAGGGCGGGCAGUGACGACAACAGGAAAUCCUCCAGGAAGAAGAACUCCAGGGAGAAAUUCGUGUGGAACGAGGGCGGAUCGGAGAUCCUGAGGGUCACAAUCGGCGAUUCCUACUUGGAGAACACCAGGUACUACCCAGAGUACGAUCGGGCAGUGUUGUAUGCUGCGCUGCCUGUGUCGCUCCUCGUUGCUAGAGAGUUUUUCUCCUUCCAAUCUUCUGGAUCCGAAAAUGGGGGCUCGAGCAGCAGCAACAGUAGCGAUGGAUUCAUCCCCGUGAUCGCCACCACCUUCUGCGUGCUCAAGCUUCUCCACACUCUCUCCAAAGUUUCUUGGGACAAGCACUCCUCCAGGAACUCGGAGUGGGUUCUAAGCUGCGGUGUCGGGCUCCUGGGAUUCAUCCUGGCCAGCAUUUUCCUCUUCGUGGUUCCAAGCGAGAUCAUCGACUUCCGGCUGGAACAGGCAGUAGCUGGAGCUGGAAUCGAUAAGCGAUCAUUCACGGCAAUUCGGCUAGCCAUAGCUUUUGGAGCGGCAUGGCUCACGGGACUCUUCCUGGGGCCGGUUCUCAAGUACGUGAGAUCAUUCUGGAUUGGAACAAACCAGCUUGGAUGCGAUAUCUCGGUCAUCAAAACCAGCGUUUGGAGCCAGUUUCUCCUCAACCUCGGUAUUGUCCUCCCGGUAGUCUCAACGCUACUUUGGUUGAAACCCAUGGCCGAUCUUUUCAUCCGGUUGCCCGAGAAGAACUCCAUCGACCAUGGCAGCACCGGGUGGCAAUGGCAACGAAGAAGUCUGUUUGAAGGCAAAGACUGGGCUGGAAGCGUAGGAUUCUCUCCAGAGACCUUCCAGGAUCUAAAGUUCGUCGGGAUGAUCUUAACAGGAGUGAUCCAGCUGCUGCUGCUCCGGAUCAACGUCCAAGCGUAUCUCAACUUGGGAGUGCUGGCGUGGUACGAAAGCUUGCACGGUAGCAAGACCCCGGACGCUGCCGCGCUCAAACACAAGAUCUUGGUGGUAAACCACUUCAUGUGCCGGGUAGCAAUCCAGAACUUGGUCCCGGCAGUGCUGCUCAUCCUCUUCGCGGGCCUCUCUCGAUCGCCAUCGCCAUCUUCAAACUCUCCAGGAGGAUUUGGAUUCGUGGCACAAGCAGCGCAAUUCUUCGCAUGGUGGACGCUCCUCUCGUGGUCUUUGCUCACGUCCACAGUGCUAGCCAUGUUUCGCUUUGGAAUGCUCCUCGCGUACUAGUGAGCGGUCGCGGGAUCGAAUCCCUUCCCCGCCAAUUUCCGUUAAAAGGCUGCCACUAGGAGCCAAUAAAAAGCCUUUGUAACGCACACUGAUCCAAGAUCUAGCACAUAUAUUUUGGUGGUGGUGUAUUGGAUGGAUGAGUGAUGAUCAGGGUGGCCAAAUCGGUUCCCAUUUCUGGCCCCUGGCUCAAAGCAUAACCCGACAGUCCAAACUGUUUAAGUCGAA